UGUCACUAGUCCACUGCGAUACUAUUAAUUACGACUACGUGCGGCACAUACACUGUAAAUUCAUCAUCUACGGAUAGCUGGUUUGCGGUCAGUACAGCGCCUGACCUCAGAACAAUCGAAUCGAGCGGUGUUAGAGGAUCUAUUAUCUUUGAAAGUAUGGCAAUGCAUCCGAUAAUAGUAAACAAUGAGGGCAGAGAUGCUUCGGCAGGCUAUCGUGCUCAACAAACCAAGCGGCAGUGUGAGAUGAACGAAGCACCACCACUUACAUUUGGUCUUCCGUCAUUAACAACUCCCACAACCAACGCCACCGCGAAAGUAGCAGCAACACGGAAAUUCAGCUCUUUCACAAAGCUCAUGACAGCCACAGUUGUUGCAGUUUAUGUUGUGUCUUCAGUUUCGGCCUUUACUCAAACACAAAAUCAAAUAGGAAUUAAAUCCAGAACACGGGCGACGGCGAAGUUGCAGUCCAUGUCAAUGAUAGGUAAAAAAAUGUCUUUCAUGGCUCCUACUUGGACUCCUUCGAAAUCAUCGUUAUCAACAAGACAGUCUAGAAUGAUCUUGUCCGCAGAAACUAAGUCAUCUACGGGAUCGAGCAAGUCCGAUCAGAAAGAAUUUAAGGCUGUCUUUUUGGCCUUGCAACUUUACAAGGCAGCCUACGGAGAUUUGAAAGUUCCAGCUCGUUUUGUUGUUCCUUCCGCAGCACCAUGGCCAGGUACGUAAACAGUGCAUGGAGAAAGAAUCGAAUCAUUUAUUUCGAAUCUUUCGGUACCAAUGUAAGCCGCUUCUCACCAACGUUCUUUCAUUCAUUCAAUUUGAACCAAUUGCUUUAUUUUCAGAACCAGCCUGGGGGAUGAAGCUCGGUCAGAAGGUUGGAGCCAUACGGGAGACGGGGUUGUACGUUGACAAAAGCAAAAAGCGACGUGAACAACUGGAAAAAUUGGGCUUCAUUUGGAAGCUCAGGGCCCCAACUGACACAAGCAUUCAGUUUGAUCAAAUAUAUGAUGCUCUUACUGUAUACCGAGCUGAAAUCAAACCAUCAGGACCACUGACUGUCCCCACCGAGUUUUCUGUUCCCGAUGCUGAACCUUGGCCAGAGAGCACAAGGGGACUACCGUUGGGUAGAAGCAUCAAACAGUUGCGAUCGAAGGAUUAUCUAAAGAAAAAUCCUGGUGCGGAAGAAAAACUGAAGCAAAUUGGUUUUGAGACCGACAAAAAGUUGUCAGCAAAUGACAAGAGAUUUCAAGCUGUCUAUUUAGCUCUUCAACGCUAUAAAGAGACAUACGGUGAUUUGUUGGUUCCUCAGCCGUUUGUAGUCCCUAGCGAUUCGGCAGAAUGGCCAGAAGAAUCGUGGGGAUUGAGACUUGGAGCACGCGUCAAUGCGAUUCGUAGUCAAGGAACCUUUAUCAAAAAUAAUUCCGAACGACAAGAUAUGUUAGAUGCAUUGGGAUUUGUGUGGACUCCUCCAGAAAAAGAAACAAAGAAGAGAGGACGAAAGACCUUGGAUCAGAUUGACCAGGAAGAAAAGGAAGCUAUACUGGAAGCAGAAUCAAAAACAAAGGGGGCUUCUAGCGUAGAGAAGAAAUCAGACGAGGAUAGUGCGGAUUCGUUCCUAUCGUUUUUUGACUUUAAAGAGAAUGAUCAAGAUAGCUCUGACAAUGACGAGACCCAAGGUCAACCAACUUGGGGACUGGAAGCUGGGCGUGAGUUCGACCGGUUACCAAAUAACAACCAACGCGAUGCUGCGGAGCAGGACUUUGAUGAAGAUUACGAAGCGCCCCGUUCGCUUGGUGAGAGCUUAGGAGCAGCUAGAGAACGAGCAUUGGAAGCUGGGGUGAUUGAAGAUACUGAUAGCAAACGACCGACAAAGCGCAAACGAGAACCUGAAAUACCCUGGUUCAAUGAUGAUUUCGGUGGUUACUUUGUCUUCGAGGACGUCGUGGAGGCCUUAACGUUGUACAAACAAGGCUACGGUGACUUCUCCAACUUGACUUCUGGAGAGUUUGUGAUUCCAGUAAAGGACGAACCUGAACACUCAUUUGAUGAUGAUUUUGAUGACGAGAUGGCGAUAAACGGAAUGGACGAGAGAGCUAUGACUGACGAAGAAAUCGAAGCCGAAAUGUUGCGACUAGAGAGUGGCCUCACAUCAACAGAUGACGCCGAAGAUAGUGAUGAUAUGAAGGAACUCGAGUGGCCUGAGCAUCUCGAAGGCAUGCGACUAGGUGACAUCGUGAAACGCAUGAAGGACGGAAGCCUUGAAGUGAAGCAUUUGCCUGAAAGAAAGGCUCAGCUCGAUGCCAUUGGUUUCGAUUGGGGUCCUGAAAAGUACUUUCUUGAUGUCCCAUUUGAAAAAGCCAUGUGUGCAAUGUAUGCGUUUUACAUGGUCAGAGGUGAUAUGUUUGUGCCAGCAGACUAUGUGAUGCCCGACGAAGAUCCCUGGCCGAGAGCGUUGGCGGGGUACGAGCUUGGAAAGGCUGUGCGACGAAUUCGCGAGCUACAAAACUUUUUCGAAGCAUUCCACGUCGAAAAAGUUGCACUUCUGAGAAUGAUUGAUUUUGUAUGGUUCCCAACCCUGGCUCUUCCCAUCGAUCCAGACGAACCAGCAGUUUCUGCAGAAAUGUUACUGCUAGGUGCCCUUGGCCACCCCGACUACCAUCAAUUGGAUGAAUUUCCCAUGGGACUUCCCGAAAAGAUCAUGGCAGAUGGACCAUUUCACGUCUCUGAUGACCCGAGAGAGUGGUGGCGCACUUGGCACAACUGGGACUACGUCGCAGAUAUAUGGGCCAGCAUGGGUACAAAAGAUCGAGCUGUAUCUCUGCGAAAAAGUGGUUAUCCAAGAAUGGCUAAAGAGCACGAAGAAAAGUACGGUCCUGGGCUCUUUCAGCAAAUCGACGAGUAUCUUGAGAAUAUCUUAGAGGAAAUUGGCGAAGUUCAAUUAGAGGCAAUGAUUGGCAAGGAGGAUGUGGAAACUUUUUAUGGAGUUGUAGAUAAGUAUGAUGGAAUGAUCAAGGAAUGGGAUAGUUUGACCCAUGAGGAGCGUAUGGAUGCUCCUGGAAUACAUCUUACGAAUUUUACUCUAUACGGACGAAAGGGAGGCCUACCAGCCAUAUUGAAGGUAUUCACGGACACUUUCGAAGAUAGUGAACGUCAACGGACCGAUCUCUCUGACAAGUUACUUGAUGUUCGGGACACUCUUUUCAACUACUUGGACGAGCUUUCUGAUUGCACAGAUAUGGACGAUUUUGAACUUGAUGUUCUCUGGCGAUUCCGAAUCAAGCUUUAUUUAUCGCUAGUACUAAAUGAUCAUUUUAACACGAAAGCAAUGGAUCGACAGAAACAGGAAGCAACAGCAAGACAAAUCGAUGAUAUGGAGAGUCAAUUAGAUACUCAACUAAUGAGUUUUGGUACUGACGACGAAGAUUUUGAAGAAGAAUCUGAAGAGGAUUUUGAGGUAGAGGAAUAUUCAGACGAAGAAGUAGAUGACUCGGAAUUCGACGAAGAGGAAGAAGAGAUCGAAGAAGAAGUUGGAAUAUAAUAAAGUAAAAAAAUGGUUUAAUU